AUGACUAACAACAAUUCCUUUUAUGAUCCCAACUUUCACAUUCCACUUCAUCCUUCCAAUGCAAGCAACCCUAAUCCAAAUCUCCGGUUUGCUUUAUCCCCAAGUUACGAUCACAGUCCUAAGAAGAAACGCACCAAAACCGUUGCUUCAUCCCCUAGUUUUUCACCAAAAUCCGCAUUAAAACCAAGAUACACAAAAAAACCAGACCCUAAUGCCGCCAAAAUCACGCGUCCGUGUACCGAAUGUGGCAGACAGUUCUGGUCUUUGAAAGCCCUCUUUGGUCACAUGAGAUGUCACCCUGAGCGUCAAUGGCGUGGCAUCAAUCCUCCUCCUAACUACCGCAGCCCCACCACCGCGGCUUCAUCAAAACCACUAAGCCAGAGAUCACCAGAUUGGGUCUCAUUUAUGUCCGAGGAAGAUCAUGAAGUUGCUUCUUGUCUCUUAUUGCUGUCUAGUGGCACACCAUCGUCAUCGAGUAGUGAGCGGUUCGAGUGUGGAGUAUGUAAGAGGUUUGGAUCACAUCAGGCUUUAGGAGGACACAGAGCAAGUCAUAAGAACGUUAAAGGAUGUUUCGCAAUUACAAACGUAACCGAUGAUCCUAUGACGACGAGUACUACUUCUAGUGAUCAUCAAGAUCAUCAGGGAAAGAUCGUUACGUUUUCAGGGAACCACAAGUGUAAUAUCUGUUUUAGAGUGUUCUCUAGUGGUCAGGCUUUAGGAGGUCACAUGAGAUGUCACUGGGAAAGGGAAGAGGAGCCGAUAAAUGGAGGUGCUUUGGAUCUGAAUGUUCCUGCUACAAUACAUGAUCUUUCUAUUUCAGACACAUUAGAGUGUUCUUUGGAUCUUAGGUUAAGACUUUAA